GCCAUGGAUUCAGCUCAGUGGAUAACGUUUUCAGGAAUUCCAAGACACUACGUACUGUAGGAUUCUUGGAGUUCAUGCACAGCUGUCGAUAUCCUCGACUUCAACUGCUGCGAUAACACAAUACGGAGCCUCUGCGAACUCCCAUUGAACGCCCUCGAAAACGCGCAGACUGCUGGCUAUGAUACGGACGGGCUUCUGAGGCCCUACAUUAUCUGCGAUUGGCAUCGCGGGACACCAUGCCGCCGUUAACCACCAACACCGGCGGCUUGUUUGCUCUGAACCGCACAAAGGUCCUCCUCCUCGCAACUCUAGUAGCAAUAUGGACAAUCGCCAGCCUCUUCCCGCGUUAUCAGGAGUCGCUGCAAGAGCAACUCACACGCACGCGCCAGAAGCUCCCAUCAAUAAACGUGGAAUUCCACCCCGAAAGCGACCCGCUCACGACGUACGACACGACAAAGCUUGCGCUUCUGAUUGAGGGGCGCGCGAGGCCGCAUCUCGUGCCACAGAUCCUGCAUAUGAUAUCCGUCGUUCCGCCAGAAUGGCGUUUCCUCUUUAUCGGCACCAACAAGAGCGUCGCUGCCGUCGGCCGCAGCUUCGCCAUCAAGCAUCAGCAGGCGGCCGGCAAGCUCGACCUCACGGUCGUGCCAAAGCCGUGGGAGAUCAAGAAUAAGGAGCAUGUGUGGCGCAUGCUCACGGACCCUCACUUCUACAUAGACUUGAUUCCGGGGGUGGAAUGGAUUAUGAAAUACGAGAGCGACAGCAUUAUGUGCUCCAGCUCCAAAGACAGUCUGAACGACUGGCUCCGCUACGACUGGGCCGCCGCUCCAAGAAGCAACACCGACACCUUCGCCGGCAACGGCGGGCUCUCCGUCCGCCGCGUCGCAGCCAUCAAGCGCGUCCUCGACUUCCAGACCCGCGACGACGACUCCGAACCCGAAGACGAGUGGUUCGGCAAGCGCAUCUCCGCCAUGCCCGACUUCAAGGUCGCCAGCGGGCUGGACGCCAAGCACUUCAGCGUCGAGGACGUCUACCAUGAGGCGCCGAUGGGGUACCAUCUGCGCGAAGGUGCUGGGCACCUACCCGAGGGCGUGUGGAAGAACAGCGACCAGCGCGCGAGGAUCCUCAAGUACUGUCCGGAAAUCGCGAUUAUCCUGCCCAUGAAGCUGGAGCGGGAGCGGUGCAAGGGUGAUAAUCGUGAGGGCGGUAUUGAUCAGGCGGCGUCGUUGGCGUUUGAGAAGGCGGAGGCGGAGAAGUCGAGGAUCAAGAUUGAGAAGAAGAAGAAGCUGGCGCAGAAGGAGGCGGAGAAGGUGUUGGAGGAGGAGAGGAAGAAGAAGGAGGAGAGGAAGAAGAAGGAGGCGGGGAAGGCGGCGGAGGAGGAGGAGGGGAGGAAGAAGGAGGAGAAGAGGAAGAAGCAGGAAACGGAUCUGACGGCGAAGAUUCAUAAGGAGCAGGCUGAGAAGGCGGAAGAGGAGGCAAAGAAGAAGGCGGAGGAGGAUAAGAAGAAGCCGGCCUGAGCGUGGGGGUGGGGAAAUAUUUUAUAUAUACGGCGUUCGGAGCGGCAGUGAUUUGCCUGCGAGGGUUUGCUUUGUAUGCCUAAUGUAGGAAUGAUAGACGAUCUGCUCGGCUGUAUUGAUGGAUUUGAAAAUAGCGAGGAGUACUUAGAGUCAAAUAUACC